CGUGUUCUCAUCUGGCCAUGCUAUGCUGUGCUGUGCCGGAGACGUGUGGCCCGCAGCGUCGCACGUCCCACUGCCGUGGCUGAGAAUUAUUUGUUCAUAUAUAUACAUACAGUAUUCCUUGGAAGCAGCCCUUGUAUGUCUGUGGCCCCUGUCUGGCAGGUUCAAUACUGUGUGUGUGUGUGCUGUGUAUGGAAACAAGUGUCCAAUGUUGAAGAAGAAGAAAGUGUGUGGUCAGAAUUCUUGGCUUCUCCACUAUACCACAAUGUUCAUUGAGCUGACAAAAAGAGUGAGUCACAAGGUAUGGAGGCAAAUAGUGAAGAGAGAGAGGCGACGCAGGAUACGCCAAAAGGCUGCACAGGAAUUGCAUCUGAAGCACCAGCAAGAGCAGGCAGCCCUCAUGCAGGACCCCACAUACCGUGAGGAACUUGAGAGACUAUGGUUCAUGGAGGAGGAAGCUCAGAGACUAGAGGAGGAAGAGGCCCAGAGGAGGAAAGAAGAGUGGCAACUACGUGAUGCUGCUCUUCACUCCAAGUUCCUGAAUGAAAAACGCAAGAGGGAGUUUCAGGAAGAGCAAAAGAAGAAACAAGAGGAGUUGAUUAGAAAAGAAUGGGAAGAAAAGCAGAAGAUGGAGGAAGAAGACAAGAAGAAAAAGGAACAGGAAGCUCUCCUCAAAGCUGCUACUGACAGUCUGGCAAAGCAGGGAGAGCAGCCAACACACAACCCUGAGCCACCUGUUGGCUACAACAGGAGGGACCUCACACCUCCAAGACGGGAGCCGUGUCCUUUUUUCAACAAGACGGGAACGUGUCGGUUUGGUGUGCAGUGCUCCAGAGAUCAUGUGUAUCCAGAGAGAAGCAACACUAUAUUGCUACCCAAUAUGUACACAUAUUUUGGAAUGGAACAUCUAGCAAUGGAGGAGAAGGACUCUGAUAUUGCUCUGGAAUAUUCUGAGUCUGAGAUUUACCAGCAUUUCAGGGACUUUUUUGAGGAUGUACUGCCAGAAUUCCAGCGUUGUGGGAAAGUGUUACAGUUUAAAGUGUGUUCCAAUGCAAGUCCUCACUUACGCGGCAACGUGUAUGUCCAGUUUUUGAGUGAAGAGGAUGCUGGGAGAGCUUGUGCCUUGUUCAAUGGGAGGUGGUAUGCUGGCCGCCAGCUGACGUGUUACUUGGUGACCAUAGAGAAGUGGAAGUCUGCUCUCUGUGGCUUAUACUGGCGCAAGCAGUGUCCUAAAGGUGGCCAUUGCAAUUUCCUGCAUGCAUACAGAAAUCCUGGCAAUGCUUUCUGGCAGGCAGACAAGGAUAUGCAACCUCUUGCAAGUUCCAGCAAAACAACAUAUAACAGGACGCCAUCCAGCAGGAGCUCCAGGUCAAGGCAUGGGAGGUCUAGUGAAGCAUUUUGUGAGAGAAGACAGAGUUUCCACAACCAUGAAGAUGAUGGACAUGAAAGAGCUGCUUCUCCCACCUCAGAGGAUGUGAUUCAUCGAUUAAGAACUGAAGGGAGAAGUGCAUCACAGAGGUCUUGGCAACUGUCAGACCGUUCAGAAAGUUGUGAGAGGUCAAGCAGAUCAGAGAGGUCCAGUAAUGGAGCAGACAGGAUAAAUAGAUCACACAGGUCAGGUAGUAGAUCAUAUGCAUCAAGUAGUAAAUCAAGAAAGUCAAGGAGCAAGUCAAGGUCAAAAAGUAAAUCAAGGGCAAGGAGUAAAUCAAGAUCGAGGAGUAAAUCACGAAGCCUGAAGAGUAAAUCAAGAAGGUCAAGGAGUAAUUCAAGGUCAAGGAGUGAAUCAAAAAGCCAUAAAUCAAGUAGGUCAGGAACCAAGUCUGGUUCCAAGAAGUCCAGAUCCCACAUGUCUGAAACACAUGCCAAAGAAUAAGUCAGGAGAGUCUAGUCAAAGUAUAAAAUUAUCCACUGUACAAAAGCAUUUGAUGCAGUGGUUGGCAUGGUUGGCCUACAGUCAGGAGCUUCUGGGUUGGAAUCUCAAGCAAGGUGGAGACAAUUUAGAAAUUUCUCCUUUCAGAAUGUAUAUCAGGAAUUGGCUGUGUUACUUGCUCAAAAUGUAUUUCAUAGUCUUUAUGCUCCUUUUCCACCACUGGCAGUUGAAUUGUGCAACAUUUUGUAUAGCACUUGUAAAGGAGGAGGAUUGUGAGUUUUAUGAUUUAGGUGAAGCAGUUAGAGCACCAGCUAGCAAACACUUGUUGUCUUGUAUCUAUACUGAAUUCAUUUUGGCAUGGCAUCACAUCUUAGUCCAGUGGCUCCACUCCCCAAGGAGGCUGUGGAAGCUCAAGUGGGAGCUUGCCAGUAUCAAGGGAUAAUUUUCCUUUUUGCUGUGGAUAUUCAUUUCAGUGGUAUUGUCACUGGCUUGUCAUGUUAAGUAAUCGGUAUGUAGAUGACAAGCACAAAAUAAUACUGUCUGGACUGAUAUGACAAGCUGACAGUGUGAAAUUAAGUAUGAAUGAGGAAACUGUCAGCAAUAGCAGCCUCAGUCAGGGGAGUCAACCUGCUGUCAUGCCAGAAGAUGUGAUACACGUGUUGAAUUUUAGAAAUACUAAGUAGUCAACAGAAACUAGACACAGUAAAGUCUAACAGAAACUUUUUGUGAUUUGAAUGCUAUAAUGCUGCAUAGCUUACAUUAUAUACAUGUAAUGAUUUUUCUCCAUUGUUUAAACUGACAUUGAAUCAUCCUUGGUGGUGCUCGAACAGAAUGAUGGGUUUGCUUUGUAUGUGCAUUUUGUGUUUACUUACUAUUACAUCACAUUGUCUUCUGGCAUGAGGACAGGCAGCCUUGAAACUUGGCUUUAAUUUAUUUUUACAUUUUAUUUAUAGGGUGAUACAAGUUGGCACCUUCAUGCCUUUUCCCAUACUGUAACAGUUUUUGCUAUCCUGCAUCACUGCAGAGAGGGAGAGUGUUACUGGUGAGAUGUGCGAGUGACUGGUUUGUAAAUAUACUGUGUGUGGGACAUUCCCAUCUCUCUCUCUCUCUCUCCACAGACCCACAAUGUUUUACAAACCAGCCACUCAUCCUUGCCCCUCACCAGUAACUCUCCUCUCUCCACCUGUAACAAUAAAAAAAACUAAAUUAUACAGCCUAUGGCAUUUUUUAAAAUAUUUAUAUAAAUCUGAGCAACUAUGUGUAAAUUUAUAAUAUAAAAUUAUGUAUUCAAACAAAGGCAAACUUUCCUGUGGUGUAUAGCAUUGAAAACCUGAAUCGAAGUGGUCUUAAACUUUUUCUUAAGUCUUACAUGUUAGUGUCAUCACUGCCUUCACCUCUUAAGGAUUUUCUCCCUCUGGAAACCUUCCUUUUCUUGGUUAUAAAGAUGUAUCUUCAUAUACCAUUAGAAUGUAUAAAAGUAUUAAAUAUUGUGCAAACAUACAACUUAUCAUGAAUGUAAGAUAGUUUUUCAAACUGAUAAAAAUUUGUAAAAUAAAUUUACAACAGAACCCAAAA